AUGACAUCAGAAGAGAAGAAUCUUGACGAUUUCUUUUUGGUUUGGCUCGAUGCUAAUGUCAAUAACUUAAAGAUGAAUAUUGAUGCUCAACAGCAACUUAGAAAAUGCAUUAGAAAUCCUCAGACAUUCGACGAUAUUAAUAAAUGCGAGCUUUAUAUUCGAUUUGUGCCUGUCGAUCAUCGAGUUGUUUUAAUUGUAAGUGACAAUCUAGGUCAAGAAAUUGUUCCACGUAUUCACCAACUACAACAAGUAUCUUCAAUCUACUUGUAUGACACGAACCAAGAAGCAAAAGAAGAAUGGACCAAAGAUUAUGUCAAAAUAAAAGGUGUAAUCAAAGAGCUCGAUGUCCUCAUUGCACAAAUUCGAAUGGAUCACAGUCGACGAGGUAUUAAGAAAGUUGAUGAACCACUUGUCUUCAAUAUCUUCAACAUGAGCUCUACUUCUGAACAGUCGACUACUGGACUCAAUGGUCAGUUCGUACAUUCACAAUUACUUAUUGACUGUCUGCUCCGAAUGAAAGCAAUUCCAACCGACAAGGAUGAACUUAUUUCAUUGUCGGAAAAGCAGUUCAAAGAUAAUAAAGCCGAACUGGCUAUCCUCCAUGAGUUUCAAGAAAACUAUUCACCUGAUCGAGCUUUGUGGUGGUAUACACGUGAAUCAUUCUUAUAUAGACAAUUGAACAAGGCUCUUCGUGUGCAGAAUAUUGACUCGUUGUUUAUCUUUCGUUUCUUUAUUCGUGACAUUGAAAAACAACUCGAAGAGCAUCGAUGCUCAUCAUCUAUGCGUGUUUUUCGAGGUCAACUUAUGUCAAAUGAAGAAGUGGAGGUACUUGAGGAUUCAGUUGGACAAUUAAUUUCAAUGAAUUCGUUUCUCUCGACUAGUAUUGAUCGUCGAUUGGCUCUUUCUUUUCUGUACUCUUCAACUGUAUCAAAUAAUAUCCAGCGAGUCUUAUUUGAAAUCGAUAUCGAUCCUCGAUCUGAGGGUGCUAGACCAUUCGCUAAUAUCACCUCGCUUAGUUAUUUUCCUGGUGAAGAUGAAGUGUUGUUGAUGUUAGGAUCCGUUUUUCGUCUAAUCAGCAUCGAGCAUAAUGAUCGUGGAAUUUGGAUCCUUCGAUUGGCAUUAUGCAGCAAUAGUGAUCCUGAUCUACAAGCCGUUUUUGAUCACAUGAAGGAUGAAUAUGGUAAUGGAGAAACAACUCUUCUUUCAGUAGGUAUAAUACUGACGAGAAUGGGUAAAUACGAUGAUGCAGAGAAAUAUUAUCGUCGUCUACUCAAAGAAAUACCAUCUGAUCACGAAGAUAUUGGCGCAUGUUACCAUAAUCUCGGUAAUUUAUUUGAUGAUAAAGGUGAUUAUGAGACAAGUCUCAGUUGGCAUCACAAAGCACUCGAGACAAUGAUACGUACAUUGAGUCCAGUCGAUUCAAGAAUUGGUACUAGUCAUAACAGUAUUGCUGCUGUUGCCGCAAAAAUGGGUGAUUAUGAGCAGGCGCUUGAAUCGUUCGUGAAAGCAUUCAACAUCUGGAGAGAAACAUUAGGCGAAGAUCAUCCAAAUAUAGGGCAAUGUUUAAGUAAUAUGGCUGGCAUUUAUCAAAUAUAUGACAGAAAGUUGGAAGCACUUGAUUGUCUGCAAAAAGCGUUAAUUAUUUAUCAGAAGCAUCUUCCUACCAAUCAUCCUCAAAUGGGUGAUCUGCACAAUAACAUUGGUCUCACGCACUAUAUUCUCGAACAGUACGAUCUUGCAUUCGAACAUUUAAAUAUAUCAUUAAAAAUUAAGGAAAAAUGUCUUCCUCCUCAACAUCCUGACAUUGCAAUGACACAUUACAAUUUGGGUCUCGUUUACGAGAGUCAAGAUCAAUGGCAACAAGCACUUUCAUAUCUUGAAAAAGCAAUUACUAUCUUUCGUCAUGCACUAUAUCCUACUCAUCCUACCAUAAUCAAAGUUGAACAGAUAAUCGAACGUGUCUCCACUAAAUCUAAAAUAGCGUAA